AUGUCCCAGCAAAUCCAUUGGACUUCGUUUGGUAUCCCUUACGUGGUGGAGUUCAACAACGUAUCGUUCGUGCCUCGUAGAACGUCUCCUUCACAAGAUACCCUCACGAGCCUUCCUUCACCGGAAGGGUCUCCUUCUUUCUCGGAGCAAUCUCUGACCUACUCGUGCCCAUCUGCCGCAAGCUCGAGCUCUUCUUUUUGUCAUAUCUCGCAUUGUAUGCUAGAUUCACAACUCAAGACCCGUUCAUCCAUUUCACGCAUUGUAUCCUUGUCUCGUUCCGCGACUGGUGUGCGGUCAGCAUCUUCAUUCUUCAAGCGCAAAAACCAAAAAUCUCAUGCGGACACACGCAAGCCUUGCUCGACAAGCCAAAAGGCAUACGGCAACCCAAUUGACACGUGGUGCUUUAUACCUCCGCACGUCCCCAAACCCCUUCCCCCCGUACCUCAGCAAGAGGCUGAAGACGUACAUGUGGACGGGCUCCACAUACAAUUUGCCACGCCCCCAUAUGAUCCACAUGCAUCAUCCCGGAGCCGACUGGUGCGUCUACAAAAGACCAUCACUAGCGCUGUUGUCGAGGCAGGCAUGGAUACUCCCUCCGCACUUGAGGAGCAUAUGGAUGACUGUGCUCCGUCGACGAAAGCUCCCGAUUAUUAUAGCCGUGACACGCUGUUCCGGGGGACAUAUGGGCAAGUUAUGGUCGCUCUUAAAGCAGCAGGCCUUGUUGCGACGCCAUGUGUGGAGGGCGAGUUUGCAGGUGCCACGCGGUUGGGCGCGUUAUUUGUUGCACAUCGAUCUUCAGAGGCAAGAAGCGUGCAGCUGAGAAAGCUGACACUAUGGGGCUGA